AUGGACCGAGUACAGAACGAGCCGACCUUGUCGGUGACACCCGACGCCGAAGUCAAGUCAAAGAAACGGAGUCGCGCAGAGACAGACGCCUCGCCUACCGAUGAAACUGCACAGACCACCUUUUCGGGCCCGAAGACGGCAGACCUGCGGCCCAUCGCCGGUCAAGUACCACAAGCGGGCGCGAGGAUCAUGAGCAGUCCUUCCCGUGGCGCGUCACUCGAGCCCGCGCCGUCGGUCACGGGGCGUCCCUCAACUUCGGCCACCGACAGCGGUUCCACCUUCUCCCUCCCAGACAGCACCUCCUCGGAAUCCUUCCCGCCCUCCACCUCGGCAGCUAGUUUCUCCACGGGGCCACGCGGGAGUCUCUCACCCCCUUACAUGUUCGCCGGGCCAUCUCACCCUCCUGAUUACGCAACGGGACCGCCGGAGCCGACGGAGGAAGGCGAGGACGGGACGGAUCUGGAGGAGCAGGCGGCGGCGCAAGCGGAGGCCGGUAGUAUCGUUGUGGAUAGUGACGACUUGGGCACCGACGAUGGUUACGGGACAGACAGCAACACCACUGCGUCGACCUCGCUUGCCGAGAGCGUGCGCGACUACAUCUUUGAGAACGGGCGUCGGUACCACAAAUUUCGCGAGGGCCGGUACAACUUUCCAAACGACGAUGUCGAACAACAGCGCGAGGACAUGAAGCACGCCAUGGUCAAGUUGCUUUGUGGGCAGCUCUACUUUGCGCCAAUCGGGGAGCGCCCCAACGAGAUAUUAGAUAUAGGGACGGGGACCGGCAUUUGGGCGAUCGAGAUGGGAGAUUUGUUCGCAACGUCGAACAUCCUAGGUGUGGAUCUAAGUCCCAUCCAGCCCGAAUGGGUGCCACCCAACGUGCGCUUCAUGGUGGACGAUGUAGAGAGCCCACACCUCCGACCCGGCGGCUGGUUCGAGAUGCAAGAAGUGUACCACUACCCGCUGUCAGCGUCCAAAACCCGACCGGUCCCCCCCGACCACCCCGUGGCGCGGUACUGGGCGCUGAUCGACGAGGGGCUGGGCAAGCUGGGCAUCAACUUCCACUCGGCGGCGGACGGGCGGCUGGCGGCCAUGAUGCGCGACGUCGGCUUCGUCAACGUCACCGAGCGCGUCCUGCAGAUCCCUGUUGGUACUUGGGCCAAGAAUAAAGUGCUCAAGACGGUGGGGCUGUAUUGGAGGACGAUUUUGAUCGAUGGCAUCCAGGCGAUUGCGCUGGGGCCGUUGACUCGUGGGUGUGGCUGGUCCCGUGAGCAGGUUGAGUUAUUUUUGAUCGAGGUGCGCAAGGGGUAUCAUGAUAAUAGCUUGUUGGCGUAUAUGCCGCUGCAUAUUGUUUACGGCCAGAAGCCGGAGGGGUAUUAA